AUGAACGGAAGGAAAGUGGUAACGAGCGCUAUCAUCGUGUCGCCGCCCAAGGAUACGUGGGGACCCAUCCAGGACAUCAGGCUGAAGUUCGAUAAGGCCUACAAGCGUUGGAUGCCCCACAUCAAUCUCAUCUACCCGUUCUUCCCUCAGUCCCAGUUCGAGUCGGUGCUGCCCGAGCUCAAGGCCGGACUCGCCGGCGUGGCUCCCUUCACCGUGCGCUUCGAAACGUUUGACUACUUCGAGCACGGCGCCAGCAGCUGUACCCUCUUCCUCAAGCCCACCGUACAGCCUCCGAAUGCGCUGCGCGAGCUGCAGGCGGCGCUGGAACGCGUCUUCCCGGCGUGCAACGAACAAUCGACCAAGAGCGAGGACGGCUUCCAUGCUCACCUCACCGUAGGCCAAUUUAGGGGCAAGUGCGCGGCCGAGAGCUGCGGCGCGGCGUGGGAAGCCGUGCUUGGCCAGACAGGCGAUGACCAGCGGUGUCGAGUAGAAGAGCGCAAGCUGCAAUCUUUCUGA